AUGAAAAACAUACAGAAAACUGGUCCCGCUUCGCCACGUACAACAAAAUCCUCAAAACAAAAUUUGUCAACCUCGUCAAUUUUUCCAAGUCAAAAUUACAAAAAAACCAAAGUCUAUGUUUCACCAAACCGUUUAGCCCUACUCGCCACUGAUGACAUCAACGACAUAUCAACUACUAUACCUUCAACUAACCUCAAGGAUGAUCCUGUGAACUUGCCUCUCACUGGACGACACAUCGGGCUUCCAGUCCUACCCAUCAGCUCCACCUAUCCACAUCAUGAACAUUUCAAACUACUCUGCUUUCAAUAG